CGUGGGAACCACCCUGCACCCGUUUUCGUCCCAUAGGAGAUAGGCCGCGGAAGGGAUGGGAGCGACGAAACGGGAAUCCCCCGAGGCAGCCGCCGCCCCGCCGGGGGAACUUCCCGCGGCGGCGAGCAAUGCUAGCACGACCGGAACUGGCAACACCGUCUCGACCACCCUCUCCGGAGCGGACCCGUGGUCCAGGAUCGCCGCCACCGGCAGGAGCAGCGGCACCACCCCCGGCCGAGGGUCGCUGGCGGGAUGGACGCGCUGUCCGCUGUGCGCGGAGGUUUCCAAGAAACAAUACGCGCUGGGACGGGGGAUUGCGACCCACCUGAGGGAGGUUCACACUCCCUGGAGGCCCGGCAAGCUGGCCCAGAAGGUCCACCGGCGGAACUACGAGCGAAGGGAGCGGGAGCGGCGGCGGAAGCACCAGCAGCAACAGAACGAUCAGGAGCAACAACUGCCACCACCACAACACCGGCCCGGCAAACGGAAGCGGUCAUCGGGACCGGGAGACGGGGAGGGAACCGGGACCUACGCAACCGAACCGGCGGGUGGUUCCGAUCGAGCCACCGGGUUCGAGCCGCUGCCGACGUGGACGCCGACGGAGGAAGAGAAACGAGCCUGGGCCGCGAGGAUUGUGGAACUCCUGCGAGCCAUCGAGGCACGGGAGGGGGCGGCCCAAGGAGAAAGCGGGCCGGCCGCGGGCCAGCCACCGAAGGGGACGGACAAAACGGGAAAGGCGGUGGUGUCCUACAGGGACAGCCUGCCCCCCUUUCUUGCGGCGGCCUCCCGCGGAGACCUGGCGGGGCUGAAGGCUCUGGUCCGCGUGGCACGAGAGAGGGACGAAACGAUCGAACCGAUUGGCCCCGGCGAAGGAGGAAGGGAAAUCCCGGGAAAUGGUGGGGGAAAUGGGGGCUCAGGGGACGGCCACCUCCGGUCGCUCCUCCGGACGCGGGACCGGCACAACUCGACGGCCGACCAUUGGGCCGCCGGCGGGGGACACCUAUCCUGCCUCCGCUACCUCUACGACCUCCGGGAGGGCCUGGGAGCGGCCGAUCCGUCCCCGGACCGGGCCCGCCGCCGCCGGGACGGGAAAACCUGCCUGCACUACGCGGCACGCAACGGCCACGUCCCCUGCCUCUCGUACCUCCUCGGGCCGGCGGCCGCUGGAGGAGGACCCGCCCCCGGUAACGGCGGCGGCGGCCACCGGCCGCUCCACGCCGUCGACGAGCGGUCGGGGGAGGGGACCACCCCGCUGCAUCUCGCCUGUUACGGGGGACACCCCGAGGCCGUCGCCUUUCUCGUCGAGAAGCACGGUGCCGACCCCCUGGCCCGGAACGACUGGGGCUGCACCUGCGCUCACUGGGCGGCCAUGACCCUCUCGGACUCGGAGGACUCCGUCCGGGCCCUCUGCACCUACCUCUCGGACCGUUGCGGGGUCUCUUUUUGCGAGAAGCAGGGCCAGGGCCACACGGCCCUCCACAAGGCGGCCCACCGGGGCAACAAGCACGUCGUUGAGUGGAUGGCGGGCCGCCUGGGGGAGGCCGAUCGGGAGAGGGCGGGUUCCCCCGACGACGGGGGCCACAGGCCGAGCGACAUCUGGGCCGCCACGGGCCGGGAUCCCUCCUUUGCCGAGUGGAUGAGGACCCUGGGGUGGUGACGCCACGCAGCUCGAUGCAACGCGAUGCCGUGCAAUGCGAUGUCAUGCCAUCCGAUGCAGCGGUAGUUGCCGCUCCUUUCCUUUCCGCGAGGCAAAGCCACGGCCGAGCCGAAACACCCGAGAUGGAUGGACUCCAGACCAACCUUCACAUCCGUUCCCAUUUUGCACUGCGGUACAUUUUGCAUUUUGCCGUUCGUGUCUCGACGGACGAGUGUCACGACUAGUACGUAGUCGUGACUGGGAAACUGUAGUACAGAGUACAAGUACCUAUUUCCGUACAUACGUACGUACGUGCGGUACUCGUACCGCAGUGUGAUCAUGGAUCAUGACUAGAUUUUGAAUUUAGUCCCGGUCAACGGGACGCCAUCCAAACUCGGAAAAAAUAGAAAACCUUUUUGAAA